UAUCUACGUUAUUAUUGUAUAUUUAAAUGAUAACACAUUUUAACGAUCAUCAUCUUCAUCAGCAGCAGCCAUGUUCUGCCGUUCUCUUCUGCUGGUUCUUCUGGGGCUCUCCUGCCUUCAGUCCUUCACCAUGGCAGAGUAUGCAAAUGGAGCAGGAUUGUGCUGUUUUGAAUUCCAUAAAACCCCGGUGCCUGCAGAGAACAUCGUCACUGCUGAACAAACAAGAAUGGACUGCACACUUCCUGGAGUCAUUCUUACAACAAAAAAAGGAUUGCAGAUUUGUGCGGACCCUGAGGUGGACUGGGUGAAGCAGAUCAUCAAAAUUAUAACAGCAGAAUAGUCUCAAGCAUCAGAUUAAAAUUAGAUUAAAAUGUUUAAAGCAAAUUGAUGUCUUGCCUAACAGGAAAAGCUUUUUAUAUAUCAGACCUGCGCCUGUAACUGCACUGAUUAUUCAUAUUUUCUAUGCAAAUUAAAGUACAUUUAUAGCUCA